AAAAAUCCAAAAAGAAAAAAAAACUACCCUAAAAUCUCAGUUCCACAGUGUUGCCGCACAAUCCCUGAAAGAAAUCCGUUAGCUUUCGAUUUUUUUUCUCGGGAGCCAAACAGCCUCCAAGAAAGUCCGAGAAAAAAAAAAUCAAGAAGUCUCUUUCAGGGUCUCUUUACCUCUGGGAAAAAAUGCGGCGGAGAACGUGAGGCGAGAAAACUAUUAUGUCGGUUGUGGAGAAGAAGAAGAAGGACGGCAGCCCAGUUUCUCCAUUGAAGAAACGGCGAGCGAGCUGGUCAGACCUUUGGCUGAGCCACCGCCAUUACCAGGCCUCGCCGCCGCUCAAGUAUGUCGCUUUGACCGAGAAGUUUCAGUCUCUGACUCCACCGAUCUCGAAAUCCAAAACCCUUUUCCCAGAUUCCUCCAAGUCCGACCUUACGUUACUCUUACCCGACGAAACUCUCCUCAGAAUCCUCGCGAAGGUCCCGGCAUCUCACCGGAAGAAUCUCUCUCUUGUCUGCAAGAGAUGGCUUAAACUACAUGGUCGUCUGGUACGGUCUCUGAAGGUGUCGGAUUGGGAGUUUCUUUUGUCGGGUCGGCUGAUUUUGAGGUUUCCUAAUCUGGAAAACAUUGAUUUGGUAAGUGGAUGCCUGGUUUCGCCGCGAAAUUCAGGUAUUUUAGUUAACAAAGGUUUCGUUUCGUUCAAUGUUGAUCUCGGGUCUUUCCCGAAACGGAGAUUCGUUGAGGAAAAUUUGCUGUCUGCUGAAAUGGUCGAUAAAGGGCUGAGAACUCUUGCGGAUGGCUGCUCGAAUCUCAGGAAACUUGCAGUGACCAAUGCUAGUGAGUUAGGGCUUUUGAGUGUAGCGGAAGAGUGCUCGAUGUUGCAAGAACUCGAUCUGCACAAGUGCAGUGAUAGUGUUUUGUUAGGAAUUGGUGCGUUCGAGAAUCUUCAGGUCUUAAGAUUAGUGGGAAAGGUCGAUAAUUUGUACAACUCUCUAGUUUCGGAUAUCGGUUUGAUGAUUUUGGCUCAAGGGUGCAAGAGACUGGUGAAGCUCGAGCUUGUCGGGUGUGAGGGUGGAUUCGACGGGAUAAAAGCCAUUGGAGAGUGUUGCCAAAUGCUCGAGGAACUCGCUAUUUGUGAUCACAGGAUGGAGGCUGGUUGGCUUGGAGGCCUGCGAUACUGCGAGAAUCUUAAGUCACUAAGAAUCACGUCGUGUAAAAGGAUAGAUCAUGAUCCCGCCGGACAAGACAAGUUCUUGCACCGUUGUCCUGCUCUGGAGCGGUUGCAUUUGCAGAAGUGCCAGUUGAGGGAGAAGAACACGAUAGGGGCAUUGUUUAGGAUCUGUGAAGCAGCAAGAGAGGUGAUUUUCCAAGAUUGUUGGGGACUGGACGACGAUGUCUUCAGCUUGGCAGCUGCUUUCAGGAGAGUGAAGCUUCUAUCACUGGAAGGAUGCUCAUUGCUGACAACACCGGGUCUGGAGUCUGUGAUUCUACAGUGGCGGGAGCUCGAACAUCUGAAAGUGGCAUCAUGUAAGAAGAUAAAAGAUGAAGAAAUCUCGCCGUCUCUCUCAACCUUGUUCUCUGCCUUGAUAGAACUGCAAUGGAGUCCAGACACAAGAUCCCAUCUCGCUUCAAGGCUACAAGGAACCGGAAUCGGAAGCAAAGGUGGAAAAUUUUUCAAGAAAACAUGAAUAUUCAUUCUCCAAUGGCCUCGUAAAGUCAGACAAGCCACAUGGUUAUGCUCUUCUUCCAUUCGAUUGACACACGCAUGAAGACAGCUUCUUUUUUUUAACUCUCUAUAUGCCACGAACAUAUUCAUGAAACAAGCUAACUUCUUUUGUUCUGUUUCCUUGUUUUUUCUGUGUAAAAACCGUCGUUGUAGUCUCUAGUGCUUAGCCGCUCUGUUCUUCCAGAGAUAUUUAGUUUCUGAAACUUCUAUGGUUCUUCGUUUUCCUUUGUCGGCAUUGAACAAACUUUGCCACGUUAAUGUACAAUAUUACAUUGAAAUUGA